AUGUUCCGUCUCCAGCUCGCCUCGAGCCUUGCACUUCUGGUCAUUGGCUCGAGUCUCGUUCUCCUCUUCUUACCACACCUUGCCGCAGCCAAUCACGUCACCUGCACUUGGACAGGACCAGGUACAGAUCGCCCAGACAACUACGGGUUCACGAAAUUCUGUAUUGCGCCGCAGACGCACAAUGGCUCCACAAGCGCCGUCUUUCUCUGCAAUGGCGGCGUAAAGGUCGCCGACUGGAACUUCCUUCGAGCCAACGUGCUCGAAUUUAGGUCCCCCUGCGCCAAAAAUGGCUAUGCGAGCGAUACGAUCUGCGAACACAGCGACUACUGGGCCACCUGCAUCCAAGACGACCAAGGCUACAGCUACUGCAGGUUUAUCAAAGAGCUAGAUGAUUGUCAAUGGGAGACUCUCUUCACCUUUCAAGACCUACCGGCGACCGUGUCCGUCUACUACAAGUGA